CGGUGGUGUUUAGUCGCUGUGAUUGUGUUUUUUAUGUCGAUUAUGUCAAUGGAUAAUAUUCCAUGAACAAAUCCAUUCUUCGUCCAGGAUCAGUUCCUCUCAGGCGAGGUUAGCUAGCUGCUAGCUGAUACCAAAGAGAGGCGGAGGCUAAGAACACACACUGCGCAUGCGGCUGAAAGAACACACACUGCGCAUGCGUCGGCCGCCAUUUUGGACUAUUGUUGUGAGAAAGAUUGCAACCAAAUGACGAAGUUAGCAAGACGAGGAGACAUUUAGCGCGUUUUGUGAUGUUGCAACAAGUAUUUCGUGCAAAUAUUGAGACCGUUGGUGAACCAACCACUUGGUUGGAAGGAACGAUAGCGGAGUACGAGGAGGAACUUUGUGGAACAAAAGAGGAGAAGGACGCUGUUUCCAAGAAGCCCCAAGUUGUGUUACACAGCAGAUGUCAGCAAGGAACAUCUUCACCCUGAGCAGCAGGAGCGGAGCUCCAGGAUGGGGGAGGAGGAGCCCCAUUCCUCCUCCCCAUGUUAAAGAGGAAGCGGAGGAGCCACAUCCCCCUCACAUUAAAGAGGAAGAGGAGGAGCCAACCCCCCCUCACAUUAAAGAGGAAGAAGAGUCCCAGCCCCCCCACAUUAAAGAGGAAGAGCCCCAGCCCCCCCACAUUAAAGAGGAAGAGGAGGAGCCCCAUCCCCCCCACAUUAAAGAGGAAGAGGAGGAGCCCUGGCCCCCCCACAUUAAAGAGGAAGAGGAGGACCACAGCAUCAGCCAGGAGGGAGAGCAUCUUGAAGGACCGGAGGAGUUCCCAGUGAUUGGCGUCCCUGUGAAGAGUGAAGAUGAUGAAGACGAUGAAGGUGAGGAGAAGAGAGAGGCGGAGCCUCCAAGCAGCAGCUCAACUCAACACAUGACAACAGAAGCCGAUGGAGACCACUGUGGAGGAUCACCAGCAGACAAGCUCUUAGCUCCACUAUCAGAUAGCGAGCACACGACGUCACACUCUCCUGACACUGAUGAUGACGAUGAUGAUGAUGAAGACUCCACAGCUGAUAUGACAUGUCACCCUGGUAACAAACGCUUUCAAUGUGCUCAGUGUGGGAAAGCCUUUACACACCGUUGUAAUUUAAAGGCACACGUGAGAAGUCACACAGGAGAAAAACCGUUCAUGUGCUCCGUGUGUGGUAAAAGCUUCUCUCGAAAGCAAAGUUUGACAAUACAUAUUAGAUCGCAUACAGGAGAGAAACCUUUUUCCUGUUCCGUUUGUGGUAGAGGUUUUGCACGAAAAGGCGGUUUGAAAUUACACAUGACAAGACACACGGGUGAAAAACCAUAUUCCUGUUCGGUGUGUGGCAUAAAUUUGGCACGAAAAGAUCAUUUGAAAAGACACAUGACAACACACAUUGGAGAGAAACCAUAUUCCUGUUCAGUGUGUGGUAAAGGUUUUAUACAAGACCGAAAUUUGAAAAUACACAUGAGGAGGCACACUGGAGAGAAACCAUAUUCAUGUUCAGUGUGUGGUAAAGGUUUUGCACGAAAAGGUGUUUUGAAAUUACACAUGAGAACACACACUGGAGAGAAACCAUAUUCUUGUUCAGUGUGUGGUGUAGGUUUUGUAGAAAAAUAUUAUUUGAAAACACACAUGAGAAGACACACUGGAGAGAAACCAUAUCCAUGUUCAGUGUGUGGCAAAGGCUUUGCAUGUAAAGGUGAUUUGAAAAACCACAUGACGACGCACACUGGAGAGAAACCAUAUUCCUGUUCAGUGUGUGGCAGACGUUUUGCACACAAACCUAAUUUGACAACACACCUGAGAACACACACCGGAGAGAAACCGUAUUCCUGCUUAGUGUGUGGUAAAGGUUUUGCAUAUCACGGUGGUUUGACCAAACACAUGACAACUCACACGGGGGAGGGGCCAUCCUGCUCCGUGUGUGGCGUCGCGUUUAGCCAUACCCAGUCUUUGAAGAGACACAUGAGAACGCACACCGGAGAGAAACCGUACUCCUGUUCAUGGUGUGGCGUGAGUUUUGCACAAAAAGGCACUUUGACGACACACCUGAGAAGACACACCGGAGAAAAACCAUAUUCCUGUUCAGUGUGUGGCAAAGGCUUUGCAUACAAAUGUGAUCUGAAGAACCACAUGACCGCACACACUGGAGAGGAGCCAACCUGUUCAGUGUGCGGUUUGUCGUUCAGCCAUACUCAGUCUUUGAAGAGACACAUGAGGAGACACACUGGAGAGAAAGUGUUGAGUUGCAGCGUGUGUGAUGAACGAUUCUCUUAUAAGUACCAGCUUAGCAACCACACGUGUGCUGGGGAGAACAGCAGCAGGAAGUGAAGCCGAUAAGAUGAAUAGUUUCCACUGCAUUUCAGCCCUGCCACAAAAGGAGCAGCUGCCAUCAUGUUAGUGCUUCUCUGGUUAACAUAGGUGAGGGUGUUGACAAGGACAAAGGCUGGAGAUGACUCUGUGGUUCCGAUUGAGUGAGAAGACCAGACUGGAAGCUUUAAAAGGAGGCUUUUGUUCCUGCCUUGUUCCCCUUUAGACCACACCCACGUACAUAGCAGGUAUUUGACCUUUAGUCAACUCAUUAAA